CUUCCUGCAUCAGCCCUGCUUGCAGCUGGCCCGGCUGUCACCACUCCUUCCUCGCCAGCGCUGCCCCUUGGCCCCAUGGACUCCCUGUGUGGCUCCAAGUUCUGGGACUCCAACCUCACCGUGUACACAGAAAACCCAGACCUCACUCCAUGCUUCCAGAACACCCUGCUGGCCUGGGUCCCCUGCAUCUACCUGUGGGUUGCCCUGCCCUGCUACCUGCUCUACCUGAGGCACCAUCAUCAUGGCUACAUCGUCCUUUCCCACCUAUCCAGGCUCAAGACGACCCUGGGCGUCCUGCUGUGGUGUGUCUCCUGGGCAGACCUCUUCUACUCCUUCCACAGCCUGAUCCACGGCGGGACCCCCGCUCCCAUCUUCUUUAUCACCCCCCUGGUGGUGGGGAUCACCAUGGUGUUGGCCACGCUGCUGAUCCAGUAUGAGCGGCUGCGCGGGGUGCAGUCCUCGGGGCUCCUCAUCAUCUUCUGGUUCCUGUGCGUGGUCUGUGCCAUCGUCCCCUUCCGCUCUAAGAUCCUCUCAGCUGUGGCGGAGGGGGCCAUCUCAGACCCCUUCCGCUUCUCCACCUUCUUCAUCUACUUUGCCCUGGUGCUCUCUGCCCUCAUCCUGUCCUGCUUCAGAGAGAAGUCACCACUUUUCUCCCCGAAGAAUGAGGACCCUAACCGCAGCCCAGAGGCCAGCGCUGGCUUCUUGUCACGCCUGACUUUCUGGUGGUUCACAAGUCUAGCCAUCCUGGGCUACCGGCGUCCCCUGGAAGAUGGGGACCUCUGGUCCCUGAAAGAGGAAGACUGUUCCCACAAAGUGGUACAGCAGCUACUGGAGGCAUGGCAGAAGCAAGAAAGGAAGACGGCAGGAGCCAAGGCUGCAGAAGCUGGGAAGAAAAUCACCUGCGAGGAUGAGGUGCUACUGGGGGGCAAGCCCCGGGCCCGGGAGCCUUCUUUCCUGUGGGCCCUGGGGGCCACUUUCGGCUCCAGCUUAAUCAUCGGCAGCUUGUACAAGCUGAUCCAGGACCUGCUCAGCUUCGUCAACCCACAGCUGCUCAGCAUGCUGAUCCGGUUCAUUUCCAACCCCGAGGCCCCCUCCUGGUGGGGCUUCCUGCUGGCCGGGCUGAUGUUUGUCAGCAGCAUGAUGCAGACCCUGGUCUUGAACAUGUGUUACCAAUGCGUCUUCACAGCGGGCCUGAGGGUCCGCACGGGGAUCAUAGGCCUCAUCUACAGGAAGGCGCUGGUCAUUACCAACUCAGUCAAACGCGAGUCCACGGUGGGAGAAAUAGUCAACCUCAUGUCAGUGGAUGCUCAGCGUUUCAUGGACGUCUUCCCCUUCCUCUUCCUGCUGUGGUCAGCCCCGCUGCAGAUCUUCCUGGCCAUCUACUUCCUUUGGCAGAUUCUGGGUCCCUCUGUCCUGGCUGGUGUGGCGCUCAUGGUGUUGCUGAUCCCAAUCAAUAGCGCCUUGGCCAUGAAGAUGCGAACUUACCAGGUGCAGCAAAUGAAGUUCAAGGACUCGCGCAUCAAACUGAUGAGUGAGAUCUUGGCAGGCAUCAAGGUGCUGAAGCUGUAUGCCUGGGAGCCCAGCUUCCUGGAGCAAGUGGAGGGCAUCAGGGAGCGCGAGCUCCGGGUGCUGCGCAAGAACACCUACCUCCAAGCCAUCUCCACCUUCAUCUGGAUGUGCACCCCCUUCCUGGUGACCCUGACCACCCUCGGGAUGUACGUGUGUGUGGACCAGAACAACGUGCUGGACGCCGAGAAGGCCUUUGUGUCCCUGUCCUUAUUCGAUAUCUUAAAGGCACCCCUCAACAUGCUGCCCCAGUUAAUCACUGGCAUGACCCAGACCAACGUGUCCCUGAAACGGAUUCAGCAUUUUCUGAGUCAGGAUGAACUGAACCCUCAGUGCGUGGAGAGAAAGACCUUCUCCCCAGGCCAUGCCAUCACCAUGCACAAUGGCACCUUCACUUGGGCACAGGAUCUGCCCCCCUCCCUACACAGCCUAGACAUCCAGGUCCUGAAAGGGACUCUAGUGGCCGUGGUGGGGCCCGUGGGCUGUGGGAAGUCCUCGCUGGUAUCUGCUCUGCUGGGAGAGAUGGAGAAGCUAGAAGGCACGGUGUCUGUGCAGGGCUCCGUGGCCUACGUGACCCAGCAGGCAUGGAUCCAGAACUGCACGCUUCAGGAAAACAUCCUGUUCGGCCGAGCCAUGAACCCUAAGCGCUACCAGCAGGCUCUGGAGGCCUGUGCCCUGCUAGCCGACCUGGAGAUGCUGCCUGCUGGAGACCAGACAGAGAUCGGAGAGAAGGGCAUUAACCUGUCUGGGGGCCAGCGGCAGCGGGUGAGUUUGGCCCGAGCCGUUUACAGUGAAGCCGAUGUUUUUUUGCUGGAUGACCCACUGUCAGCUGUGGAUGCCCAUGUGGCCAAACACAUCUUCGACCACGUGAUUGGGCCAGAGGGUAUGCUAGCGGGCAAGACUCGGUUGCUGGUGACACAUGGCAUCAGCUUCCUGCCCAAGACGGACUUUGUCAUAGUGCUGGCCAAUGGGCAGGUGUCUGAAAUGGGCCCCUACUCAGCCCUGCUGCAGCAUGAUGGCAGCUUUGCCAACUUCCUCCACAACUACGCACCCAAUGAGGAUCAGGAGUCCCGUGAGGACCACAGGAUGGCCUUGGAAGAGGAAGAUGAGGAGAUGCUGCUGAUUGAGGACACGCUUAGCACCCACACAGACCUGACAGACACCGAGCCGGCCCUGGCCGAGGUCCGGAUGCAGUUCGUGAGACAGCUGAGCAGCAUGUCUUCAGACGGGGGCGGCCAGGCUCGGCCGCGCAGACACCUCAACGUAUCGGAGAAGGCUGUGCAGGUGAAGGCAACAGAGGCUGGGAUGCUCAUCCAGGAGGAGAAGGUAGAGACUGGCAAGGUGAAGCUGAGCGUGUUCUGGGAUUAUGCCAAGGCCCUGGGGCUCUGUACCACGCUGGUUAUCUGCAUCCUGUACGUGGGCCAAAGCGCAGCCUCCAUUGGCGCCAAUGUGUGGCUUAGCGACUGGGCCAACGAGGCCAUGUUGGGCAGCAGGCAGAACAACACCUCCCUGAGGCUGGGCGUCUACGCCACCCUGGGACUUCUGCAAGGGGUCCUGGUGAUGCUGGCAGCUUUCACCAUGGCAAUGGGUGCUGUCCAGGCCGCGCGCCUGCUGCACCACACACUCUUGCAAAACAAGAUGCGAUCUCCACAGUCCUUCUACGACACGACGCCCUCUGGCCGCAUCCUCAACCGCUUCUCCAAGGACAUCCAUGUCAUCGAUGAGGUUCUGGCCCCCAACGUUCUCUUGCUGCUCAAUAUCUUCCACAUCACCUUAUCCACCCUCCUAGUCAUCAUGGCCAGCACACCGCUCUUCACCGUGGUCAUCGUGCCGCUGGCUGUGCUCUACAUCUUUGUGCAGCGUUUCUAUGUGGCCACAUCCCGGCAGGUCAAGCGACUGGAAUCAGUCAGUCGCUCACCCAUCUUCUCCCACUUUUCGGAGACGGUAACUGGCACCAGCAUCAUCCGGGCCUAUGGCCGCACCCAGGACUUCAAGGUCCUCAGUGACCUUAAGGUGGACACCAACCAGAGGAGCGGCUACACAUAUAUCACCUCCAACCGGUGGCUGAGCAUCCGUGUAGAGUUUGUGGGGAACUGCGCCGUGUUCUUCGCUGCCCUGUUUGCGGUGAUUGGGAGGAGUAGCCUGAGUCCAGGGCUGGUGGGCCUUUCUGUAUCCUAUGCCCUACAGGUGACAAUGGCUCUGAACUGGCUGAUACGAGUGAUGUCAGACUUGGAAUCUAAUAUUGUAGCUGUGGAGAGAGUCAAGGAGUAUUCGAAGACAGAGACUGAGGCCCCCUGGGUGGUGGAGGGCAGCCGCCCCCCCAAAGACUGGCCCCAGCACGGGGAGGUGGAGUUCCGGAACUAUUCUGUACGAUACCGGCCGGGCCUGGAGCUGGUGCUAAAGAACCUGAAUCUUCGUGUGCACGGCGGUGAGAAGGUAGGCAUCGUGGGCCGCACUGGGGCUGGUAAAUCAUCCAUGACCCUCUGCCUGUUCCGGAUCCUGGAGGCAGCAGAGGGUGACAUCUUCAUCGAUGGCCUCAAUGUGGCAGACAUUGGCCUCCAGGACCUGCGAUCUCAGCUGACCAUCAUCCCCCAGGACCCCAUCCUGUUCUCAGGGACCCUUCGCAUGAACCUGGACCCCUUCAGCCGGUACUCGGAUGAGGACAUCUGGACAGCCCUGGAGCUGUCCCACCUGCGUGCCUUUGUGAGGUCCCAGCCCGCAGGCCUGGACUUCCAGUGCACCGAGGGUGGGGACAAUCUCAGUGUGGGCCAGCGGCAGCUGGUGUGCCUGGCCCGAGCCCUGCUCCGCAAAAGCCGCAUCCUGGUUCUGGAUGAAGCCACGGCUGCCAUCGACCUGGAGACCGACGACCUCAUCCAGGCCACCAUCCGCACCCAGUUCGAGGCCUGCACCGUGCUGACCAUCGCGCACCGGCUCAACACGAUCAUGGACUACACCAGGAUCCUGGUCCUGGACAGGGGCGUAUUAGCUGAAUUUGAUUCUCCAACCAACCUCAUCGCAGCUAGAGGCAUCUUCUAUGGGAUGGCCAAGGAUGCGGGACUUGCCUAAAAUAUUCCCCGGGAUUUCCUCCCAGUCUUUCCUGGAAGGGAAAUCACACCAUGUGUCCACAGAACGGACUGUGCCUCUGGAAGGGGCCUCAGAAAGUGAGCAAGGAAGAGAGGCCCAAGAGGAGGAGGAGGACACAUCCACAGUCACGGCACAGGAGGCUGAGCUAUUUUCUAAAGUAUUUUUUAAUAAAGCUUUUUCCUCCUGGAACAGAAGACUGCUAGGUCAGGCUGUCCUGGGAACCAAGUCCUGUUCACUUGGGUGCUGAGGAAAUAAAGCUCUGUGGUCAGCAGCAGACACACCCCAGGGUCUCCUUUUUCUGCC